GGCAAACAGUUAUCAGUGACCGAUAUAUAGACAGCAUGUUUGUUUACCAAAAUAAAUUAGGGAUUAAGAAAAUUAGCGGGAUUUUAGAACAAAGUAUUGAAACACCACUUCCCGACAUUACUUUUGUCUUAGAUAUUGAAGUUGAGAAAGCACAAAAAAGAUUACAAAAAAGAACUAAUAAAAAUACCAAUUGA